AUGUCUCAUCCAACCCCCAUGAGCCAUCACAAAGACGGUCUGACGAAGCUAUUUCUGAAGAUGCGUCGGCUGAUAAACAUUGUGCAAGGAGCUGUGUGUCAGCACCUCCUUGACACCAGUUUAUCCUCUGAGCACAAUCUGACCUCUUUGCCUACUUUAAACUUCAGGCCAAAAGACCUAGCAGCAGUAAAGGCAAAUAGCACCCUAUCACAGCUCUCUUCAGGCCUCCACUCUUUCAAGCUGCACUUUGACUGGCUGCUGUACUGGCACAGCCAGUCAGGUUUAGUGUCAAAUAAAAUCAAGGAAAUUGCUGACGAAAUCCAUUCUAUAAUCAUUCUUGAACAAAUACAGACAGAUUCACCUGCACAAAAUACUGUUCUCUCCCUGCCUCAUCUUACAUCUGCCUGGGACAUAUAUUCAACAUCUGCAGUAAUUCACAAGAGACUACUGGCCUUCUGUAACUGGUAUAUUAGAGCUUUACGGGUUCUCAUCGCCUAUGCAAACAACUGAAGCAAGAGAGGCCGCUAUCAAGAACAACGCAGCUAAAUUUUCAACUGUGAGGAUGCUGGCUAUUUUUGCCUUUUUUGCUAGAAUUCUCUGUUUCUACAGUUAAGGCAGACACUUUUUGUCUCAGGCAGAUUUCACAACUGACCAAAUUAUUCUAUUUAUGUUAACUAUAACUUUUAUAUUUAAUAUUUAAGUGUAUUUAU